AUGUUGCAGGUUGUUCUAUUGCUACUACUAGUAGUGCACGCCACCGGACAGGCCUUGCCCCCGACCACAGCGGACCUGGCCUCACUGGCCCCUGCACCAACGCCGCUUGUAUGCGGAGCCGCGGGCACGCUGCUCGGCGCCCUGCCGCUGGCGUCCGACUUUGACUACUGGGUGCUGCGCCUAUUCUGGCCGCCGGCGCUGUACGCAACGAAUGUCGACGGCGCGGCCGCCGCCGAGGCGGAGGCAGAGGCAGGGAGGGUUGGGCGCGGCUUCUGGACGCACGGCCUUUGGAACUCGGAGACGGGCGGCCGGCCGCGCGCCCCACCCAAGCCGACGCCGCCCGGCUGGGAGAGGGGCAGCUGCGCCAACGACGCGCUCGCGGCGGCCAACUUCACGCCGCCGCUGAUGGCGCAGCUGGCGGGCGUGCAGCCGGGCGUGCCGGGCAACUUUUCAGAGGCGACGGAUCUGAAGUUUUGGAGCCACGAGUGGAACAAGCACGGCUCGUGCAGCGGCCUGUCGGUGGACAGAUACUUUGGCCUCGUAGCCAAGGCGUCCUCGCGCUAUCUGCCCCUGGCUUCGGCGGCACUCGCCAAAACCGGCAUCACGCCGCGCUCCGAGCCCUAUAAUCUGGGUCAGGUAUCAUCCGCCCUGAGCGCCGCCUUUGGCCCUAGUUUCAAUGCCACAACGGGGCUUUUCUGCUCCAUCGACGACUCGAAUCGAACGCUGCUGUCCGAGGUCCAGAUCUGCCUGGCAAAGCAGCAGCUGGAGCCCUGCCAAUGCCCGAGUGCUGCCCCCGCAGAAGGCAAGCUCGCCAACUACCAGCCCUGUGGCGGCCCCUCCAAUGACCCCAGCGCCCUGGUCUACGUCGUCGGCUUCAUGGAUGCCGCCCUGCUGCCCAGCGUGCCGUACCAUUGGCUGUGGAUCCUUGGGCUGGUGAUGGGUGUGACGCUGCUGGCAUUGAUUGUUACAUGGGUCGCCCUGGUGAAGAGCGGCAGGGCGCCCCACCUUCUGGUGCCAAAGAAGCCGGUUGAGGUGCACAACCCGUUGGUCCACCAGCCGGUCGAGGUGGUGUGUGAGCCUGUCGACAUGGCGGCGCUGACAGAGCUCCACCCCCUCCUGGCUGCUUACGUCCGGGACCUGCCUCCAGGCAUGGGCAUCAAGGGUGGCAUUGCGCGCAAGGUGCUCAAGGCCCUUCACGGCACACCUGAGCCACCCAGCAAGUUCGACAUCGAUGUGGUGGUCAUGCUGGCGCGCCAGCCGACGGCGGAGGAGCAGCGUGCGGUGCGGGAGGCUGUGAGCGGCCUCAAGAUCGGCGACUUGGAGCUGGAGCCUCAAGAUGUGGAGGUGUCCGACAAGGAGCACCUGCGGGAGUACUUCCACACCCGCGACUGCACAAUGAAUGAGGUUGCACUCAUCAAGACAAGCGGCAGCCCCGCACCCAGCUGCAGCGGCGCCGUCGAUUUCCCCGCGGUCGGCCACGGGCCCUCGGCGGAGGGCGGCGGCAGGGGGCCCGUGGGCGCCUGUGGCGCCCUGCCGGGGCGAGGUGCGAGCGCUGCCGGCGACGGCGGCGGGGAGCGCGUUAUGCUCUUCUACACGCGCCAGGGCCUCGAGGACGUGAAGGCCGGCCUCAUCCGCCCCAGCACGCACGCGCUGCGCAGCAAGCUUGCCACCUUCUGGGCCGUCGACCCGCGCACCGGCCACCCGCACGUCACCCCGGUCUACCUCACCCGGUGCCUUAUCCGGUACCUGAAGGGUCACGGCAAUGAUUACGCGUUUGACCGACAUACUUGGCGCUUCUACCGCGCGAACAAGCUGAACCGCAUUUCGCUGUUCAAGGUGCUCAAGCCGUUCCACGACGACAGCCGCAAGCUGCAGUCGGCCUGCAACCACCUGGUGUCCAUCGGGUUCCUGUCGCGGCUGGAGAUCAUCCGCGCGGGCGGCACCAACAAGCUCUGGGGGCUUCUGCUCAAGGAGGUCAACGACACGAUUGCAGCGUUUGGUGGGCGCCUGACCCUGUCGCCGCUGGACACAGAUGGCGUCGAGGCCUGGCUCGAGGACAAGCAGGCAGAGGUGACAGCCAAGGUGUCCGGCCGCGCCGUCCGUGCCCGCCGCACCGGUUACUACGAGUCAGCCGAGGAUGUCGCCAGCCUUGGCCUGCUGCGCCUGCCGCCGGAGCUCGACGCAUUCAUCGCACACGGCGCCACGUUCCCGCUGCCACCGGCGGGCCCCGCGACCCAGGGCGCUGUUGUGGCUUUGGAGGAGACGGACCUGGAUCACAUCAAGUCGCCAAAAACCCCCGCAUCUGCGCAGUGGCCGCCGUCGGCGUCGGCCGGUGUUGGCCAGAGGCUGGUCGCUGGAAAGGCCGGGGAGGUGCCGGCGCCGGCAGCUCCAGCUGGGGCGCCGCCCGUCGAUUGGAUCAGGAUGAGUGCCCUGGAUGAGGCGCUCGGGUGUGUGGGCGCCGGACAAGGGAAGGGUGCUGCCACACAUGAGGGCGCCGUCGAUGACAUCGGGUCCUUCUACCAGGUCUGGCAGGGCGUCGACUCAGAAGCCGGCUACAAGCCCCUCGUUCCCGACAAGGACGCCGCCUCCCGCCGCCAGCCCCCCGCCCGCCAGCUGCUCGCGUUCGCGCUCUCCGUCGCCCGGCCCCAAGCCCUGCGGCUGCUGCUCGCGUACGUGCUGCUGCUGCUGGCCGUCGCCGGGCAGCUGUGGCUGCCUUGGGUGCAGGGGGCCAUCUUUGACGCCGUCGUUUUUAACGCAGGGGAGGCGUUCAGGAGGGGCCUGAUCAUGUACGUGUGUAUCGCAGCGGGGACGCAGGUGCUGCAGCUGUGCGGGUCGCUGCUAAUGGACGUGGUGGCCAAGGCGUCCAUGGAGCGGAUGCAGACGGCCCUGUUCAACCACCUGCUGAUGCAGGACCCGUCCUUCUUUGUGGGGAUGUCACCCGGGGAGCUCAUGAAUCGCGUCGGCGGCGACAGCCUGGCGCUGCGAGGGUUGCUCACCACCACAGCCUUCAUGGUGGUUGAGGGCAUCCUGCUGUUCCUUGGAUCCCUUGGCGUAAUCAUCGCCCUUCUGACUCUACCCUAUGACGGCCCCCGUACCUUUCAGAUCAUCCUUCCUGUGACUAUCAUUGCCAGCUUGCUGGAAGCCGCCGCCGUCGGCGCCGUCGUGCGCCCCCUGAACCUGAAAAUGCGCCAGUCCAUGGGCCGCACAUUUGGUUUCAACCUCGACAUCUUCACAAACAUCGGGACGGUCGCUUCCCUUGGGAUCUCAAAUCUGCUGCAAUCCGACUACGCGCGGUUCGCCUCGGACGUCGCCGCGGGCACAUGCCGGCUGGCGCUGAUGGGGAGCGCCCACCGGUGCUUCACUACGGCCAUGGCUUCAGCGAUGCGGCUGCUGUUCCUUUGGCAAGGCGGCUACCAGGUCAUGAUGGGCUUCGCGACAGUGGGCGAGCUGGUGGCGGUCCUGCGCUACGUCUCAGUGGAACAGAAGGGCCUCAAUCAGCCCCCCGUCGAUGCCAGCGGCAGACCCGCUGGUGGCCUGCGCCGCCGCCUCCGCGUGCUGCGCUGCUGCGGCUGGCUGGACGCCGCCCCUUUUGGCCUGGACGCCGGCCCCAGCGGCCGCAGCGAGGCCGCCGAGGCGGGUGGCGGGGGCAAGGCGGGCCUGGCCCUGGAGGUUUCGGGGGUGGCGCUUGCCGAGGAUGGAGGGCUGUGCAGUAUGAUGGGCGGCGUGGCCCUGAGGGACGCCGCAAUCUUGGGCAGGGGCAAGGCCAAGGCGGCGCCGCUGCGUCACCUUGAAUUUGAGGUACUGGCGGGGCAGGCCGUGGUGCUGGACGUCUCCAAGGCCGCCCCCGGCGCUGCCCAGGCGCUGCUGGAGGUCCUGGCACUGCAGCGGCCCCCAACUGCAGGCGCAGUAGAGCUGCAGGUGCCCUCAAGCCAACAGCAGGCUCGCGCUUCCGAGGGUCAAGCGUCAGGGGGUGCAGGCGGCCGCGGCUGGCGCUGGCGGGCGCUGUCCCCAGCGGACGACGACCCGAGGGCCGCGAUGCACGCGGCGACGCUGCUGUCGCCGCAGGCGUGCGCGCCGCUGCGCGCGAGCGCGACGGACAACGUCGCGUGCGCGGCCGCCGCCGCGGCGCUCGCGGCGGCCGGUUUGGGGAGCCCCGCGGCCGCGCCGCCGACACACGCGCGGGUGCGGGCGGCCUGCGAGGCGGUCGGGCUGCACGAUGAUUUCCUCGGACUUCCCGAGGGCUACAACACUCUUGUCGGGUCCGGCACCGAGUUCCCGCUUUCCGAGGGCCAGCGGCUGCGCCUGGGCCUCGCGAGGAUCCUGGUCUGGGGCCCGCGGCUGGUUGUUGUGACCGGGGCGCCGCGCUUCGAGGAGGCGCUCGGCGGCCGCGCGCAGCUGGCUGCGCUGCUCUCGCGCCUGGCGGGGGCCGGGGGGUCCACGGUGGUGGUGGCGGUGGAGGGGGCCGGGGUCGCGGCUGACUACGCAGAUGCGCUGGGGGCGCGCGUGGAUGCGCUGGUGGGGGGGUCGUUGCAGCGUGGUGCAUGA